CGACGCAUCCAUCAUGACGCUCGAGAUCCUCAAUUCUGCCCCGGAUGCCUCUGCCUUCACCCCGCUCGAAGAGCACCAAAGCCAAACCCCCGGCACCUUCUUCGGCGGGAAGCCCGUCCUCCACCUGCACAGCACGAACGCGCAACUGCUAGUCUCAGCGCGCGACCUCGAAGCGCAGUCCGCCUUUCCAGAUCUGCGCGCGACGAUCCCGACCAACGGCGCGCAAGCCAAUGGCGACGCCGCAGAUGAGCAGCUCGCAAUCCCCGGCAUCGACGUCUGGGUGACCUCGCAACGCCUGAUCCUCUUCUCGGCAGCCAAGGCCUCCGGCGUCGCGAUCCCCUACCCCGCCAUCUCGCUGCACGCACUGCAGCGCCUCACGCCGCCGGCCGCAGACACCCCGGUCCAAGGCCUGUACAUGCAGCUGCUGACGGGGGACACGACGUACAGCAACGCGGAAGAAGACUUUGCCUCGCUGGAGCUGACGCUCGUGCCCGCGGCCGCGCAGCCCACCACCACGACUGUGCCCGCCACAUCGGACAUCCUGUCGCCGACGCCGCCGGCGCAGGCGCUCUUCACGGCUGUGUCUGCGUGCGCGGACCUCAAUCCCGACCCCGUGGACUCUGAGGACGAGGACGAGGACACCGAUCCUUUCGCUGCGCCCAUGCCCGGUGCGGGCGGCUGGAUCACGGCCGAGAAUGUGGACCAGUUUACUGAUGAGAAUGGGAACUUUACUGGGGAUUUUGGCGCGUUGGGAGCGGGUGCUGGUACGGUGCGCGCGAGAGAGGAGGACGAUGCCGCUGAGGAGCGUGGGGAGGAUGCGCAGGGGGGUGAGAGUGAAGAGACGAAGUGGAGGAGGACGGAAUAGGCGGAGAGUUGCUGCUCCGCAUCGCGAUCACGGUUCGCUGGAAAGGGUCACAAACCAGCAUCGUAUUCAGAAUCGGAAGAAGCCUAAAAAGCAAUUGGCUACCAGCAAGGCAGGAAAUCUCGAAAAAGGAAACGGAAAAAGGCAUAGGACAGGACAGGACAAAACAGGACCCAAAACAACGACUUCUUCUUCUACGACGCAUAGGAUAAGGAAAAGCAGGAUAGGAUAGGAUAGGAUAGGAUAGGCCACGAUAGACACGAUACCCUCGCGCCCAACCAGACAGCCAGCUCAUAUGGGGCGCAUUGGCAUUGCACACUGCUUCCUAGCUAACAC